CGCGCGGCAGGAGGACGUGCGAACUACCACGCAUACUAACUCGCAGCGACAUCGAGCAGCACUACCGCCCAGCGCGCCGACAGCCUCGCGACGACACCGGCGACGACCUCGAGCGCGUCGACGCCUGCAGAUGUGCUGCUGCUGCUGCUAGCCGCAUCGAAGUCGCGCUGUUUAGCCUCGCAUUGAGCAUCAACAAUCUUCCCAGCAGCGCCGCACUCACCAACACGAGCACCGCACACCGGUGACUCAGCGCAGCACGACAUUCAAUCAUGGACGCAAAGCCACAGCGACCCGUUGCACGCGCAGUGCGCAUCCACGACGAGAACAUGCCAUUGCCACAGAUCGCCGGCCUGGCAGGCAAGACACUACUACAUCAGCGCACCAAAUCCGCUUCCACCAUCAACCUCAAGAAGCAGAUUCUCGGCGAGACGAACCCCAACUCGAAGCUAGCGCACAAAGACGACUCUGAGAUUGGAAAGACAUCACCGGGAAAGCUCAAGUACGUGCAAGAGCAGACUGUCGCCGCGCCGAUGCAGCGUCCGGCGGUGCGUCCGCUUGGGCAAAAGAGCAGCAACAUGCACGUGGCAGCUGCUAUUGCGGCCACAUCAAAGUCCUCAGAUGCAUCAGAACCACCGGUGAAGAAGGUCGCUCCGAAGAAGAGCACAAAGGUCCUCAAAGACGUCGCGGUGCCGUCAAAACAGCCUGAGUUAGAAUCACGGAUACCCAAUGCUGCAGCACAAGUUCCUUCCGUGUCAGCCGGGUCAUAUGCCGUCCAGCAACAGGAGCUUCGUACAACAGAGACAGUGCCCCUUCGCGACGAUUCAGCAAACGUAUCACGCCAUCAAUCGCAGCCCAUCGUGCCCGUUGUCGCUCCUCAGCAGCCGCAGCUCUAUCUGCAGACACAAGAAUCACAAUCCGUUCCAGGGGGUGCCUCUGCAGUCUACGCCAGCUCCACUCCUGUCCUCGACCAGUACGAUGAGUACGAUGACGACGACCAAGACUACAUGACUGCCCGAUCGUUUGGCAUCUCGGACCCAACUCAAGAUCUGACCACCAUCUUCAACCCGCAACACACUAAGAAGGCGCUGGUGGAGAUCGUCGAAGCCAAGGACCACGUCGAGGCUACUCGCACUCAAGAAGACAUCGAAGAUGAGCAAUGGGACACCUCAAUGGUCGCAGAAUAUGGCGACGAGAUUUUCGAAUACAUGCGUGAGAUGGAGACCCGCAUGUCUCCAAACCCGUUCUACAUGGAGCUUCAAGCAGAGAUCCAGUGGAGCAUGCGCGCCGUCCUUGUCGAUUGGGUCGUCCAAGUCCAUCAACGAUUCAACCUGCUGCCCGAGACCUUGUUCCUCACGAUCAACUACAUCGACCGCUUCCUCUCUUGCAAGGUCGUCUCCCUUGGCAAGUUGCAGUUGGUGGGCGCCACCGCCAUCUUUGUUGCUGCCAAGUACGAAGAGGUUAACUGCCCUACUAUCUCGGAGAUUAUUUACAUGGUGGACAAUGGCUAUACGGCUGACGAACUGCUCAAGGCCGAGCGCUUCAUGCUCAGCAUGCUCCAAUUCGAAUUGGGAUGGCCAGGACCGAUGAGCUUCUUGCGUCGAAUCAGCAAAGCUGACGACUACGAUUUGGAGACCAGAACGCUAGCCAAGUAUUUCCUCGAGGUUACAAUCAUGGACGAGCGAUUUGUCGGCUGCAAACCCAGCUUCCUCGCCGCUGGUGCACACUGUAUGGCUCGGCUCAUGCUACGGAAGGGUGACUGGAGCAAGUCCCAUGUCUACUACUCCAACUACACCUUCCGUCAGCUUCAUCGCCUGCUGUGGGCCAUGCUCGAGUGCUGCCAAGAUGCUCAAAAGCACCACAGUGCCGUGUUCGACAAGUACACCGAUAAGCGCUACAAGCGUGCAUCCACCUUUGUCCGCGGCGAAAUCAUCAAAGGCUUCACGCUGCCAUUCCUCAAACCAAACAGCUUUGCCACCUUGGGCGCACAGGACCCUAGCACAGGCUGGCAUCAACAAUAGCGUCUUUCGUAUCAUCACCGAGCACGUUGCUCUUUCAGUGAGUGGCCAUUGCUACAUGGCACACGAUCAACAGCUGAUCGCGAAACAGCUCUUUUGAUUUGAGACUUCACCCUCUUUCAAAGACAGGAAUCUUGUACCUGCUUCAAACCUCAUGCAACCAGACAUUGAGGAGCCAGGGCAUUGGUUCUUACGGCGCAUUGGGUGGUUUUGGCAUUCCACGACUGAGACGAUAUGGACGACGAAAUGAAGAUUAAUUCGAGUUGUCUGGGUUCCUGCUGGAGGCUUUCAUUGUGGUAUGUUGUUUCUUUGGGCUUCUCUUUUGCUUCGGCGUCGGCCAUGAUUUGGCACAGAAUCAGACUCAGCUCGUUGGAGUUUUCGAGGGCGGUAAUACAGUGGAAGGCCCCAAAAAGUAUGGGCCGUUAUGACCAAAGAGGGUCAAACAUAGACGCGAGACAGCACCAUUUUACCCUCCGUUAGCAGCGGGGUUGGUCAGCAUGGUAUCGAAAGCUUCACAACAGAAGAUUGUAUCACAUUCAUGUUUCUGUUUUGACCAUUCUGCAAACUGACAUCAGGCUCGAUGGACCCUUUCGUCGCCCG